CUCCACAACACUACUCCACACCCCGUAACAUCCUGCAUCUGUUAUUUCGCCUUUCGGCUUGAAACCACUUCGAAAAGAUGCAGUCCGCUACCAUGAUUGCUGGUCGUCGCAUGGCUGUGGCCCCGACCCAGCGCCCUGCUUGCCGCUUCGUCGUCAAGACUCGGAUGGCCCCCAUCCGUGCGGCUCCCCAGGACGAGUCGGCUCCCUCCACCUCCGCGCCUACCCCCACCCCCGCCCCUGCUCCCCUGGCCUCCAACGUGAGCGGCGAGAGCCCCGCUGCCACCCUGAACAUUCUGGGCCCCGUCCAGGAGGCCAUCAACGGCCGCUCCGCCAUGCUGGGCUUCGUGGCCGCUGUGGUGUCCGAGUCUCUGACCCACCAAUCCAUCUUCAGCCAGAUCGCCGGCAAGUACGUUGACGGCGAGAUUGUUGAGGCUCCCUUCGGCACCAGCACCCUGCUGUUCUUCGCCGUCGUGCUGCUGACCACCAUGGCGACCCUGGUGCCCAAGAUGGUGCACUCUCUGAACGUGGACUCCCGCUCCUUCGGCCCCUUCACCCCCGGCCUCGAGCUGACCCUGGGCCGCGUCGCGCAGCUGGGCUUCGCUGGCCUGCUGAUCGUGGAGCUGGUGAAGGGCUCCGCCCUGCUGGGCUAAAUGUGCUGCUGAUUUGCAGUUGCAAGCUGAGUGAUUCUUGUUUCUGGUUUGGAUUACAGUUAGCAACGACCUUGUAUUUUCCCCAUGCACUAGUCAGGCACCGGCCACUGCCCCUGUGGUUGGGAAGAUGUGUCUGGUAACUACAAAGAGUGGCGCCCUGCAUUGGUGCGGCUUGAUGCACGCAUUGUUUUCUGUUUACGGCCUUGUUCCGUGAGUGGUUGAUUGAGAGUGUGCCGUGGGUAAUGCAGUGCCUGUCACCGAAAGGGCACAGCAAGCUUCCAGCACAGACUGCGUAUUUAAAGUGUUAAUGUCUUGUUCCUGAAGUGAGAGCGUGUGUAUGAGAGAAGCUGUUAGGAGGGAUGAUUUUGGCGAGCACUAGCCUUGCAAGCGGAGUGUGACUGACCCAGAGUAGGAAGCAAAUGUGAGAGGACCCGAGAGAUUGAGUGCAGUGCCAGCUGGCCUAUGUCUGCUGGAGAAUUCUUUUGAUGGCAUGGAGUAAGUGGUGUGCGGCCCGCAACCCUGUGUGCUUGCACACACAAAUGUAACCAUUAUGGUGACG